UCCAAGUUGUCUUGGACUCGUCGACGAUGCACACAUAUACACAUCUAUAUAUUAUUUCUUCAUAGCCGAACGAGAAAACUCCAGAUAUUCAUUGUCAACAAAAAUUUAAAAGGAAAAAAAAAAUGAAAACUUGUUUCUCAAUUCUCUCGUCUGAUCCUUUUUCUCACAAUAUGUCGAUAUAAAUACACAUCCUCUCGCCUGCUUAGUAAGCCAAUUCAAUCCAAAAGCUUUCGUCUUUCCUCAGCCUCGUCCUCUGUUCAUAUUCAAGCUCUCAGGCUUGAGUUCUGUCUUCUUGGAAGCUAUAGAAAAAGCCUCUAUGGGAGAAGCGCCAGCUUUCUUUGUUGAUCAUCUAGAGAAUGGACAAGAACACACCAAUGGCUUCCGUGUAAAAACCGAACCUGAACACAGAGAUACAUUUGUCCAAAUUGGAGAUCGAUCCUAUGUGAUCGGUGGGAAUCAUGAAGGGAACCCACUGUUCCUUGGAGCUCAGAUCCAUGACAAAAACAUUAACAAGUGGUUUACUCCUACUGUCCUUGGAACAGGCCCUAAACCCUGCAAGGCUUACUCUGCCAUUGUUCUUAAACAAGGCCGGAUCUUGGUUAUCAAGAAAGGCUCAGCAUCUGAUGACUCUAUAUGGUUCCUCGAGGUGGAUAGUCCUUUUGUCCGGGAACAAAGGAAACUGUUGGGAAAAGAGGUUGUUGCUUGGAGUAAAGGAGUCAGAGGAAACGCAGAGAAGCCUAUUGUGAUAAGCGGUCCUUCUGGAGUUGGAAAAGGAACGUUGAUAGCUAUGCUUAUGCAAGAGUUUCCUUCAAUGUUUGGGUUCUCUGUGAGCCACACAACUCGUUCCCCGAGGUGUAUGGAGGAGAACGGUGUUCAUUACCAUUUCACUGAUAAAACUGUGAUGGAUAAAGAGAUUAAUGACGGGAAGUUUCUUGAGUUUGCCUCUGUUCAUGGUAAUCUCUAUGGAACCAGCAUUGAAUCUGUUGAGGUUGUAACAGAUUCAGGAAAGAGAUGCAUACUUGACAUUGAUGUUCAAGGAGCGAGGUCAGUGAAGGCUAGUUCUCUUGAUGCAAUAUUCAUAUUCGUAUGUCCUCCUUCAAUGAAGGAGCUUGAAGAUCGGCUCCGUGCUCGAGGAACUGAGACAGAGGAGCAGAUUCAAAAGCGGCUUAGAAACGCUGAAGCAGAGAUUAAAGCAGGGGAAUCCUCUGGCAUUUUUGAACAUAUCCUGUAUAAUGACAACCUUGAGGAAUGCUACAAGAACCUUAAGAAUCUCCUUGGGAUAAACGAUGAGUCACCUGUGAAUGGUGUAGAAGUAGAAGGGAUCAGUCUUCCCAAGGAGCAUACAGUAACAAAGGUGGAAGACAAGAUUUUGAUUCAAGAAAGAGGAGAAGCAACCAAGAACAACAUGAUCGUGUUGGAUUUAUUCUCAAUUAACGGGGGAGCACCAGGAAGAACAAGAGGGAUUAUUCUGGACACAGUAAAUUCCAGUUAACAAAGAGUCUUUAUCCUUUCUUUGCUGAAAGCUAAAGAGGACCAGUUAGAUGAUGAUGAACACUGCUGAAAGCUAAAGAGGACCAGGCUUAUGGCGGUUCAAAGGUUUACUAGAUAGGCAUUGAUGAUGAUGAUGAUGAUGAUGAUUAUGGUUAUUAUAAAUUUUAUGAUUGUUGAUGACAUUCAAAAAGACGUGAUGAAAUAAGACUUUUUUUGUUCUUUUUA